UGUUGUGACAGCGAGACAGGGAGUCCCCGGGAGUUUGGUUGGAAAAUGUGACUGUGAUGCUACCGUCGGCUAGUUUUGUCUAAAAAGUUAUUAAACUUUGCCCAGUUAUGCUUGCUAAAGUUACGGACGUCUUCCAUAGCUCACCACAGAAGCUAUCAUAGAGCUUGUGUUAGCAGGUUAUCCGGCUGGGGGUCGUCGCUCGGAGCUCCGCGGCGUGUUUGACGGUUGCUGCGUGCUAGUCGCGAGCACAGUUAUCUGCAAGUUAUUUUCUUUACUUUUUGAGGCUCCUUCUCAUCCGUCUGCAAACGAGUGGUAGUCAGUGAAACUCUGGCUUUGCCGUCUUAACGCGCAAACACCCGCCAUGGGAACGCGGUGGUCUCGCAGCGGCAGCCGCCUGUCGCUCCUCCCCGAGGGGCCAAGCGGGCUGCGGUACACCGAGCGCAGACACUCGGAUAACGACUCUUUGGACGGGCUCGUCCGGCGGGAGGACAUAGCUCAGUUCCCGUACGUCGAGUUCACCGGCAGAGACAGCAUAACUUGUCCGACAUGUCAAGGCACUGGACGAAUACCUUCAGAACAAGUGAAUGAACUGGUUGCUCUGAUUCCAUACAGCGACCAAAGGCUGCAGCCCCAAAGAACGAAGCUCUACGUGGGCCUGUCGGUUGUGCUCUGCCUGCUGGUCUCUUCGCUUGUCGUCUUCUUCCUUUUUCCCCGCCUAGUGGUGGUGGUGGACGAUGGGAUACGCUCGGUGAUUGUGCGUUUUGACCGCAACAACACGAAGGUCCUGAUGAAUAUGACGAGCACGCUCAACUUCAGCAACCCAAACUUCUUCUCGGUGCACGUGCAGAGCAUCACCUCCCAGGUCCUCUACAUGCAGACGGUGAUCGGGACUCAGCAGCUCUACAACGUCACCACCCUGCUGCCGCUCAGUGAGUGUCAGGUGAACUACAGCGUCAGCAUGGAGAUCGGCAGCAACGCACCAUUCGUCUACACCUUGUGCACCAUGCCCAGCAUCAAGGUCCACAACAUUCUUGUAGUCAUGCAAACCUCAGUGAAAACCUCGUACAUGGUGCGAACGUCCCAGAACAGCCUGGAGGCCUAUCGCUACAUCGACUGCGGUUCCAACAGCACAUACCAGCAUAUGGACCCUCAGGCCUUCUCUGCUGUGAGGGACACAGACCAUGGACCACACGGACUAUGUUAGUGUACACUUCAGGGUGGACUAACAGCUCUGCUGCAAACAGCAGCAGCAGCAGGGAAAUGCCUAAUACUGUAUUUUUUUUUUUUACACUUGCAAAGAAGAGCUAACAUUGACCUGCUGUUAUCUUGUGCUAAUGCUGGCUCUGGCUCUUUCUUGGAAAACAAGGGGCGUGCCAAGGGAAUGUUGUAAUAGCCAGUUUGUUAACCGCACAGCGGCAGAUACUGUAAGUGGUUAUAAUGCAGUUGUGAAAACGUAUUAUGGCCCGUAAUUUCAAUAUUGGCUUUGCUUUAAUACCUGACGUUCCUGGACUCAGACACUUUGGUUUUUGUCUUGCCUGACUCCGAGUCCAAGUCCCAAAAGCAGAAGGAAUCGGAGUGGAAACGUGACUGAGUCACCAGCAGUGAGUACUCCAUGUAUCAUAAGCAGGACAAAGGUCACAGACAGCGCUUUCUUUAAGGGGAAGUGACCGACGUUCUCAGCGAGGAGGCUUUAAUUAACGCUGCAGAGCUCCCUCUGUGUCUGCUGCUGCUGUGAUGUUAUUAGACAUUCCUCAGGAUGACUUUAAUGACUGUUACACUGUGUUGGCUGAGGACUACUGACUUUUUGUUUUUGGUAGAUUUUUCUUUUUUUUAAUGGUUUGAUAAGUUACUGACUGCUGUCUCCCAUCUCUCCACAGCUCAAGCUUUAGCCUUAAGGAUUUUCUGUCAUUGAAACCUAAUGUGUUGUUACUCAGUUCUACUCUCAAAGCUCUUAAUGCAUUUCCAGUUAUGCUACAAAAGUAGUCCCAUCCCCACACCCCCAUGUAAGUGCAAUUAAAAACCAAAAACAAUACCUUUAGAUAGCUAGAGCUGUUUAUUUGAAGUGAGACAUUAUUUCCAUCUUAAUAUCAAAUAUAUGAAGAGAUUUCAGGCUUUUUCAGGGGACGCUGGUUUUUGAGUUGGACAUCGUGAUGCAGUGGUGCAGCUUAGAUGAUGGUCAUGCCACAUACGCAGUAGUGAACAGCGGAAGAAUACAGUCUUACAGGAGUGUUCUGAGGUGCCUGAAGGAUAUUAACUGUCGUGCACACCUUUUAGAGUCUCUUAGCAGGAUAACGAGAAGGCUGGAGUCAUUUGACUCUCAGCAACUUUGUCCUCGUCCCCAAAAUGAAAACGAUGUUGGGGUUAGGGUCGCCGUCUGAGGCAGUGGAGGAGCUUCAUACGUGCAAGUGAUCAGAAUGUGACGGUACAGUGUUCCCAGUGAGGCAACCUUAAUUAAAGGGGGAAAAAAGUAAAGUUUUUUUUUUUUUUUUUGGAAUAAGCCACUAAACUCUGUAGUGUGAAAUGAGUGUUUUCUGCCAAAUUAGCUGUAACAAUUUAGAAUUGCUGCAGUGUUUACAGUGCAUUUGUCAGACUGAUCAUGACAGCGUUACACUCAGGUUUCCUUUUACCUGCUUUGUGGCUUUUCGAACUCUCUGCAAAGCAGUGCGGUGCAUUAUCGCAGAGCCUGGAGGCCUUUAGGCUUCAGAAUGGAAACAGUGAGUGAAAGCAGUAUGACGGGAAUUAUGAUUUCUUCUUUUAAAGGGACAGAUGUUGCAAAUUUCUGAAACAUUUUUACCAUUUUGUUUUAAUGCAGCAUUUAACUUUAAGUUCCCAAAGAUUGACAGUAAAGGGAUUUGUGAAUAAAUAAAA